GGAACAAAGAAAAGACUCUUCUUUUGACUGAUAGACCCGACAUUUUCUUUCUUUUAUUACAAAAUAACAUAAUAUAAAGCAGGUUUUUUUUUUUUACUUUUGCUUUCUCUUCUUUUUCUAUGUGUGUUUGUGGUCACAACUAAUGUUGUCUCUGCCUUCUCUUCAGAGUUUUUUUGUUUUACUUCUCUUUAGCUAAACUUCUCAAUGGUGUUAACUACACAGACGAAGAUGUUGAAUCAACUUCAUCUUCUCUACUUGUUCUUGCUGUUUCUCUGUUUCUGUCCUCUCACUCUCUCUUCCGAGCCAAGAAACCCUGAAGUGGAAGCGUUAAUAAAUAUAAAAAACGGUUUGCAUGAUCCUCAUGGAGCUUUGAACAACUGGGACGAGUUUUCAGUUGAUCCUUGUAGCUGGGCUAUGAUCACUUGCUCUUCCGACAACCUCGUCAUUGGCCUAGUAGCUCCAAGCCAAUCUCUCUCUGGAACUCUCUCUGAGUCCAUCGGAAACCUCACAAAUCUCCGACAAGUGUCAUUGCAAAGUAACAACAUCUCCGGCAAAAUUCCACCGGAGUUCGGUUUACUUCCACGGUUACAAACUUUGGAUCUCUCCAACAACAGAUUCUCCGGUGAAAUACCAGUUUCCAUCGAGCAUCUAAGCAGUCUUGAAUACCUGAGACUGAACAACAACUCAUUGUAUGGGCCCUUCCCUGCCUCUCUGUCUCAAAUUCCUCAUCUCUCCUUCUUGGACUUGUCUUACAACAAUCUCAGUGGUCCUAUUCCUAAAUUCCCAGCCAAGACUUUUAAUGUUGUUGGGAAUCCAUUGAUUUGUAGAAGCAGCCCACCUGAGAUUUGUUCUGGAACUAUCAGUUCAAGUCCUCUCUCUGUUUCUUUGAGCUCCUCAUCUAGACACAGGUCUAAUAAACUAGCAAUAGCAAUCGGUGUAAGCCUUGGCUUACUUGCUUUAAUAACCGUUGCUCUCGGCUCCUUCUGUUGGUACCGUAAGAAACAAACAAAGCUACUGAUCCUUAACCUAAACGACAAACAAGAGGAAGGGCUACAAGGACUUGGGAAUCUAAGAAGCUUCACGUUCAGAGAGCUUCAUGCGUCUACAGAUGGUUUCAGUUCCAAGAACAUUCUUGGCGCUGGAGGAUUCGGUAAAGUUUACAGAGGAAAGCUAGGAGACGGGACUAUGAUUGCAGUGAAACGUUUGAACGAUGUUAAUGGAGCUUCAGGGGAUUCACAGUUUCGUACCGAGCUAGAGAUGAUCAGCUUAGCUGUUCACAGGAAUCUACUUCGGUUAAUUGGUUACUGCAAAACUUCUAGUGAAAGGCUUCUUGUUUACCCUUACAUGCCCAAUGGCAGCGUCGCCUUGAAGCUUAAAUCUAAACCGGCAUUGGACUGGAACUUGAGGAAGAGGAUUGCGAUUGGAGCAGCAAGAGGUUUGUUGUAUCUUCACGAGCAAUGUGAUCCCAAGAUCAUUCAUAGAGAUGUCAAAGCGGCUAAUAUACUUUUAGACGAGUGCUUUGAAGCUGUUGUUGGUGACUUUGGGCUUGCGAAGCUUCUUAACCACGAGGAUUCUCAUGUCACGACCGCGGUUCGUGGCACUGUUGGCCACAUUGCGCCUGAAUAUCUCUCCACUGGUCAGUCUUCUGAGAAGACCGAUGUGUUUGGGUUUGGUAUACUCUUGCUUGAGCUCAUUACCGGAUUGAGAGCUCUUGAGUUUGGUAAAACCGCUAGCCAGAAAGGAGCUAUGCUUGAAUGGGUGAGGAAAUUGCAUGAAGAAAUGAAAGUAGAGGAGCUGGUGGACCGAGAACUAGGGACAAACUAUGAUAAGAUUGAAGUGGGAGAGAUGCUGCAAGUGGCGUUGCUAUGCACACAAUAUCUUCCAGCUCAUCGUCCUAAAAUGUCUGAAGUGGUUUUGAUGCUGGAAGGAGAUGGUUUAGCAGAGAGAUGGGCUGCUUCUCAUAACCAUUCACAUUUCUACCAUGCCAAUAUCUCUUUCAAGACAAUCUCAUCUUUGUCUACUACUUCUGUGUCAAGACUAAAUGAAGCACAUUGCAAUGAUCCAACUUACCAAAUGUUUGGGUCUUCGGCUUUCGAUGAUGAUGAUGACCAACAGCCUUUAGAUUUGCUAGCCAUGGAACUAUCCGGUCCAAGAUAA